GAGCGCCGAUACAAAACAUACUCCCCCCCGUAUCCUGGUACAUCUUGCCUGUAACGGGUACAGUACCAGUAGACACCAACUCAUGAUCAACCCCUUGCCUUUUCGCUUAAAAAGCUGGCGUGGGUGCCAUCGUAGACUACCCACCGGUGCAAACCUAAGACCUCUCAACGUCCUCAUCAUCCCUUGAUUCUCUCCCUUCCUUCAAUUCUUUAGCCCGCUCUGCUCUCCCUCUCUUCUUCAUUCUCCCCCCUACCAUCCCGCUUCCCUCAUUUCUCCACUCCACUUACGCGAGAACAUCCACGCAUAGGAGUAGGUUUCUCCCUACUUUCUUUCCGGCGAUUUUGUCCCUGAUAAGCUGAUUAAGUUAAUCGAGCUAGUUAUAACAAAAAAAAAAGAAUGUCGAACGAGAGCACCACUCCGGCGGCCCUGGCCGAACUACACACUCGCAUCAUUCCGGUACUCGAGGAAUCCACUGCCCCUACCAAAAUGUGGGGUGUAACGCUCUCUACCGCCAAGGAGGAUUUCCACACAAAGCUCAUUCUCCAAAAAUUCCUCCGUGGGAAUAAGAAUGAUGUUGCUGCCGCCGAGAAGCAAUUCGUUGAGACGAUCAAGUGGCGCAGAGGCUAUUUCGGUGCUGAUGGUAAGGUGAUUGGCACUUGGGAUCAGAAGAAGUUUGCGGGAUUGGGGUGGAUUACGAAGGAGAAGAUUCGGGGUAGUGAUCAGGAGGUGGUUGUUACCUGGAAUAUCUAUGGUGCUGUGAAGAACUUCAAUGAGACAUUUGGGGAUGUUGAUGAGUAUUUUUCCCCCUUGCUAGUCUGGUGAUUGUUGGCAAUUGCUGACUGCCGGUAGAUUCAUCCGUUGGCGCGUCACCCUUAUGGAGCGUACUAUCGAUCUUCUGGAGCUUGGCUCGAUCGAUACUCCUAUUCCCGAGAACGGUCUCGAUCCUUACAAGGCGUUCCAGAUCCACGAUUACCUCCAGGUCUCUUUCCUGCGUAGUCCUCCUGUGAUCAAGGCAGCGUCUAAGAAGGCUAUAGAUCUUUUUCAGAAUUACUACCCAGAGUGCCUGGACAAGAAGUUUUUUGUGAAUGUGCCGCUUCUCAUGGGUUGGAUGUUUACUGCCAUGAAGAUGAUUGUUAAUAAGGACACCUUCAAGAAAUUGUAUAUGCUGAGCUAUGGCACUUCCCUCGCCACUGAGUUGAACUCGGAAACUGUUCCUGAGGAGUAUGGUGGGAAGGGUGUUAAGUUGUUUACCAAAGGGAUGGCAAUUGGCGUGGAUGGUCAACUUAUUCAACCAGGGCCCGAGACUGUUGAGUCUGGCGAAGCUGGUACCAUUGUGGCCACCGAAACGCCGAAGGAAGAGCCAGUGCAGGUAAAGGAGGAAACUGGGGCAUCCAAGGUGCCAGAAGAACCAAAGGCAGCGGAGGAACCUAAGCCAGCGGAGGAGCCCAAGUCAGCAGAGGAACCCAAGCCAGCGGAGGCACCUAAGGCAUGCGAGGAGCCUAAGGAAACAGAAGAACCGAAGGAGAUCGCAAAGACUGGUCAGCCCGAUGAAACCAUAGAGACUAUCGAACCAGGCACUGUCGCAAUCCCUGCUACCCCUACUACCUCUGCCGCCCCUGCCGCCCCCACCUCUUCCCCCGCCGAACCCUCUGUUGACAAUCCCUCCGCUUCCGUCGAGCCCGAGCCCGAGACCGACGUGCCACCCCCCGUCCCAGCCAAAAACAGUGGGGCACCCCAAAAGUGA